UUGAAAAAACGGAAGGAACCAAUUUUGAGGUGCAACGGUGAAAUCUGUCCGAUAGAAACGACUAAAAAAUGAAAUUGAACUUUGAGAAGUUCUCCAUUUGAACGUGGUUCAAUGUUUAACUUGUAUAUUUAUGUUUAGACGUGAUUUCAAACCAGUUUUAGCAAAGACGAUGGUAUCCUGGAUGUUUGCUGUGUUUUUACUGACAGGGGCCGUCGCGGAGGAAAUGGUGAACAUCCCGGGAGGAAAGAUGUUAAUGGGAACGAGUGCACCCGAUGGGAGAGACGGAGAGUCUCCCUCCAAGGAGGUCGAGCUGCAGCCUUUUAAAAUAGACAGAUACCCCGUCACAAACGCCGAUUUCAGAGACUUUGUCAGAGCCCAGAAAUACAAAACUGAAGCCGAGACGUUUGGCUGGAGUUUCGUGUUUCAGGACUUUGUGUCAGAAGAGCUGAAGAGCAAAGUCACUCAGAGAAUUGAGUCUGCUCCGUGGUGGCUGCCUAUAGAGCGUGUCUUUUGGAGACAGCCUUCAGGGCCUGGUUCGGGGAUUCGAGAUCGUCUGGACUUUCCGGUGGUUCAGGUGAGCUGGAAUGACGCCCAGGCCUUCUGCAGCUGGAAAAGCAAGAGACUGCCCACGGAGGAGGAGUGGGAGUGGGCUGCACGUGGGGGGCUGCGAGGUCGGACCUACCCAUGGGGAAACAAGUUCCAGGCCAACAGAACCAACCUGUGGCAGGGAUCUUUCCCAGAUGGAGACACUGCAGAGGAUGGAUACCACGGCAUCUCUCCUGUUACAGCAUACCCUCCCCAGAAUAGCUAUGGACUGUAUGACAUGAUGGGAAAUACAUGGGAGUGGACAUCCACACGCUUUUCAGCAGCGAGGCCGAUGUACGUGCUGCGCGGUGCCUCCUGGAUCGACACAGUGGACGGUUCAGCUAAUCACAAGGCUCGAAUCACAACCAGGAUGGGCAACACUCCCGACUCUGCUUCUGACAACCUUGGAUUCAGAUGUGCUGCCAGUGAUGGACAGAAGGGCAGAAAGAAAAAAGAAAAAGCAGAACUAUAGCCUCAGAGGACAGCAGUGUGGAUCUGAGCCAGCAGUGAACAGCCAUUAAUAAUAAAUGUGAUGACUUUAAAGUUUACAACAAGAUGGAAACAAAGGACUAAAUAAAAAUGAGAAAGAAA